AUGGCAGACAGAAAGUUCAUAGAGAGCGUAUGCAGGUCGACACCCUCUACCAACUUAUGCCUAAAGACUGUGUUAGCAGACCCCAAAAGUAAAGACGCAGAUCUAACAGGCUUAGCUCUCAUCAUAGUUUAUGCAGUCAAAGAUAAAGGCAACAAAAUCAUACACCAAAUCAAGACUUUAGAGAAGCACGGUCGACCGGAGUUGAGGCCAGUACUAAAGUAUUGUGAGAGGGUGUAUAAUACUGCAGUGACCGUGGACGUGAAAUUAGCGGUUGACGCAUUGACUCUUGGUAACGUAAAGUUUGGUGAGAAUGGAAUGGCUGAUGUCGUCGUUGAGUCGCGGUCGUGUGAGGAUACAUUCGAUCAGUAUGCUCUGAAGUCACCAAUGACGGAGAUAAACAAGGGUAUGGAAGAUAUUGCUAAUGUAGCUAGGGCCAUUAUAAGAAUGCUCUUAUAA